CACCAGCCAGACGCCUGAGCCCUCCCUGGGAAAGGAUUAUUGGCCCCGAGCAAGAGGAGGAGAGGCCGGCAAAGAGGACACCCACCCACCUGUCCAGGUCUCCAGAUUCCACCAGACUGGCUCCGAAGGCUCUGUGAAUUCUCCAUUCCCAUCCAGGGACUCUACCUGAGCAGAAACGUGUGCUGACUGGCUUGCCCAGCAAGGAUGGCAGCAAACAGUCUACCCUGCCAGAGGGACAAGGUCCUGACCCUGGAGUCCAUGAACCCCUGCGUCAAGAGGGUGGAGUAUGCCGUCCGGGGGCCCAUCGUCACCCGCGCCGUCCAGCUGGAGAAGGAGCUGCAGCAGGGGGUAAAGAAGCCCUUCUCGGAGGUCAUCCGCGUCAACGUUGGGGAUGCCCAAGCCAUGGGGCAGAAGCCCAUCACCUUCUUCCGACAGGUCAGUGCCCUCUGCAUGUACCCCGACCUCUUGAAGGACCCCAACUUCCCAGAGGAUGCCAAGGAGAAAGCUCGGAGGUUGCUGGCUGCAUGUGGAGGGGACAGCAUUGGGGCUUACAGUGCCAGCCCGGGCAUUGACCUCAUCCGGCAAGACGUGGCCCGCUUCAUCGAACGCCGCGACGGGGGCAUUCCCUGCAACCCGGAAAACAUCUUCCUUUCCACCGGUGCCACCAGUGCCAUUGUGACGAUCCUGAAACUGCUGGUCUCCGGAGAGGGCCGCUCGCGCACGGGGGUCCUGAUCCCCAUCCCGCAGUACCCGCUCUACUCGGCCGCCCUGGCGGAGCUCAACGCCGUGCAGGUCAACUACUACCUGGACGAGGAGAAGAGCUGGGCUCUGGACGUGGGGGAGCUGCGGAGGGCCCUGCGCCAGGCCCAGGAGCACUGCCGCCCAAAGGUCCUCUGCAUCAUCAACCCCGGGAACCCCACCGGACAGGUCCAAAGCCGGAAGUGCAUCGAAGACGUCAUCCACUUCGCAUGGGAGGAGCACCUCUUCCUCAUGGCCGAUGAGGUUUACCAGAACAACGUCUACGCGGAGGACUCCCAGUUCCACUCCUUCAAGAAGGUGCUCUUUGAGAUGGGGCCCAAGUAUUCUGACAACGUGGAGUUGGCCUCCUUCCACUCCAUCUCCAAGGGCUUUGUGGGCGAGUGCGGCUUCCGUGGAGGUUACAUGGAGCUUGUCAACAUGGACCCCGCUGUCCAGCAGCAGCUGAUCAAACUGAUCUCAGUCUCGAUGUAUCCCCCUGUGACGGGGCAGGUCAUGCUUGAUGUGGUGGUCAACCAGCCCCAGCCAGGAGACCCUUCCUACCAACUGUUCAGCCAGGAGAAGCAGGCGAUACUGAGCACUUUGGCCAAAAAGGCCCACCUGACCGAGCAGACCUUCAACAACACCCCCGGGAUGCACUGCAACCCCGUCCAGGGAGCCAUGUACGCCUUCCCUCGCAUGCAGCUCCCUCCUCAGGCCGUCCAGGAAGCAAAGGCCCAAGGCCAGGCUCCGGACAUGUUCUUCUGCCUCCGGCUCCUGGAAGAGACCGGGAUCUGCGUGGUUCCUGGAAGUGGUUUUGGACAGAAAGAAGGGACCUUCCACUUCAGAAUGACCAUCUUGCCUCCGAUGGAAAAACUGGAGGUUGUCUUGCAGAAGGUGAGCCAAUUCCAUGCCAAGUUCACCCAGGAAUAUUCACAGCCCCAGAACCACGAUGAGGCCAUAAGGACAUCCGAGAAGGCAGGCCAGUAGUGGCCCAACAGUGGUAGCAUGGGAGAUUGAACCCAAACUCUGAGCCCAAGUCAUCUCUCACUGUUAAAGGCUCAAGCAAGAGGCAUGUGCUGGUUGGCUGGACAUCUGACCCAGAAGGGCACCAUUAGGACCAGCUCCAUCGUCCACUUCUGAGCAACAUCUCAUGGGUGCCCUUUGGGCCACAGCAGAGGCCAUGGCCUGCCCCAGUGUCCGCAGAACAAACCAUCCAUCUUCCUUCCAGAUUCCUCCCUGGUGAUCUAUCUAUCUUCUUUAGAGGUUCAAGCAGGAGGCACAUGCAAAAGGCCUGGACAUUUGACCCAGAAGGGCCUGAUCCAUUGUCCACUUCCAAGCACAAUUGGACAGCUCAAGGGUAUGCCUUCCGCCAUGGCAGAUCCCAGUGCCCACCACAGAAAGAACCAGUUUGCCCACCUUUUGUCCACUUCAGAGCACUGUCUCACGGGUGCCCUUUGCUGCAGCCAAGCCCAGUGACUGACCACCAUCCUGCCCAUAGAAAGACCCAUUGAACGAAACUGAAUGAAUGAAUGAAUGAAUGAAACUUUUUUUUACAGCCUGCCCUAUCUCCCUGAAGGGACUCAAAAUACAGUGGCAAAUAUUCAAUGCCAAUAAGAAUAAACAAACAAACCAAAAACAACUAAUUAAAUCAUAAGAUGACUUAAAUAAACAAGGCAUAACACAAUACAUAUCAUUACAAACUUAUGAAGUCAUUAAAAUCUCAUUAAAGAUUUCUAAAAUUCAACUAAAAUUGGAGAUAGUGAGCAGCAGAUUUUAACAGGUGUUAGCAGCUAGGUGAGACUCCAUAGAGAUGUACUUAAUCCUCCUCUUCCUCUCCAUAGAUGUGUUUUUAAUAGCUUUUUGAAGGAGAGGAGAGAAGGUAAUUUUUAAUUCUUUUCGGAUAAAGACCUUUGGUAUUCAUCCAUUCAUCCAAUGCUUUUGGGGUGGAAAGAUCAGCCGCUUACAAGAAACGUUGCCCAGGGGACGCCCGACUGAAUUCACUCAAUCUUCGGGGAGGCUCUUUCCGUGUCCCCAUUCUAUGUGGAGUUUCAGGGCCAGAAAAGCAGAUGGAGGAGGCAAAAGAAUGGUUUACCCCAAGGCAGCGUUCUUGCACCAACCUUAUUUAAUAUCUUCACGAACGACCAGCCACAAACACCACUCACAAAGAGCUUUAUAUAUGCUGAUGACCUUGGCCUUACAACACAAGCCAAAGAUUUUGAAACAGUUGAAAAGCAACUCACCAAUGCCUUGAAAGAUCUCUCCAGCUACUACAAAGAGAACCACCUGAAGCCCAACCCUUCCAAGACACAAGUGUGUGCUUUCCACCUACGUAACCGCGAAGCCAACAGGAAACUGAAGGUGACUUGGGAAGGCCAAGAGCUCGAACACUGUUUCCAUCCUAAAUACCUUGGUGUCACCUUAGACCGAACACUAACAUAUAGGAAACACUGCAUGAACACCAAGCACAAAGUAGCUGCACGCAACAACAUCCUGCGGAAACUGACUGGCAGCGCAUGGGGUGCAGACCCACAAGUAGUAAGAACCUCAGCCCUGGCCUUGUCUUUCUCAACGGCAGAGUCUGCCUGUCCUGUCUGGCACAAGUCUGCCCAUGCAAAGCAGGUGGACAUAGCACUGAAUGAAACAUGCAGAAUCAUCACGGGAUGCCUUAAACCUACACCUGGUGAUAAACUCCACAAGUUAGCUGGCAUUGCCCCUCCUGACAUGCGACGGGAAGUUGCUGCUAAAGGUGAGAGAAAAAAGGUCGAACAUUGUGAAAGCCACCCACUGCAUGACUAUCAGCCUCCUCCCACCAGACUCAGAUCAAGGAAGGGCUUCAUGAGAACCACCAUUCACUCCUCUUGACGUUCCUCCAGCAACAGCAAGGGUGUCCCUCUGGGCAGCUAAACCUGGCAAUUCUAACUGGGUGGCCCCCCAAGAGGGUCAACCAAGAAUGGGCAACUUGGAAGUCCCUGAACAGACUCAGAAGCGGAGUGGGCAGAUCUAAAGACAACCUGGCAAGGUGGAACUACCUGGAGGAAUCCUCCACCUUGUGUGACUGUGGAGCAGAACACACAACUCCGCAUCUGUAUGCUUGCCCACAAUGUCCUGUCUCAUGCACGGAGGAGGAGUUGUUUAAAGCUACAGACAAUGCAGUUGCUGUUGCCCGCUUUUGGUCCAAAACUAUUUAGUUGCUUGUGAUCUCUUCCCCCCCCCCCCCCCCCAUUAUUUGAAAUGUAUUUGUUAUACAAUGCUUUUGACACGAAAUAAAUAAAUACAUUCUUUAUUUACUCUGGGAGUUCCAGAGGUGGGGAGCGAUUGCAGACAAGGUCCUCUCUCUCGUUCCCACCAGCUGCACUUGAGACAGGGGUGGGACCGAGAGCAGGGCUUUCUCAGCCAACCAUAGCACUCUUGUUGGUUUGUAUACAGAGAUGUGGUCAUUUAAAUAGCCUGGGCCCGAACCAUUUAGGGCUUUAUAGGUAAUGACCAGCACUUUGUGUUUAGCCCGUAAGCAGACCGGCAGCCAGUGGAGCUGCCGUAACAUAGGAGUUAUCUGUUCCCUGUACGGCACUCCAGCUAGUAAUCUGGCUGCCGGUCUCUGCACCAGUUGCAGCUUCCAAACUGUCUUCAAAGACAGCCCCAUGUAGAGAGCGUUGCAGUAGUCCAGACAGGAUGUGACCAAGGCAUGGACUAUCAUGUCCAAGUCUGACAUCUCACGGUACAGGCACAGCUGGUGCACAAGUUUUAAUUGUGUGAAGGCGCUCCUGUCACCACCAACACCUGAGGUUCCAGGGUCAGCAAUGAGUCCAGACUGCGAACCUGCAUCUUCAAAGGGGAUGUGACCCCAUCCAGCACAGGUUGUAACCCCACAGCCUGAUCCACCUUCUGAUUGACCAGGAGCACCUCUGUCUUGUCUGGAUUAACUUUCGACUUAUUGGCCUUCAUCCAGUCCAUCCCUGAUGCCAGGCACUGGUUUAGGGGCAGGACGGCAUCCUUGGCAUUCGGUGGAAAGGAGUAAUAGAGUCGGGUGUCGUCCGCAUAAAUUUGACACCAAACUCCAAAACUCUGGAUGAUCUCUCCCAGUAGUGUCAUGUAAAUGUUAAACAGCACGGAGGACAAAAUUGAGCCCUGAGGGGACCCCACAGACCACCAGCCAGGGAGUUGAACGGGAGUCUCAGUUCCACCUUCUGGGUCCAGCCCUCCAGGAAAGACCAGAGCAAUUGUCAGUGCCCCCAAGCCCCAUCCCAGACAGCCGGCCCAGAAGGAUAUCAUGGUCAAUGGUGUUGAAAGCCACUGAGAAGUCCAGGGGUACUAGUAGGGACACACUCCUUCUGUCUAGCUCUCUUCAUAGAUCAUCCACCAAGGCGACCAAAGCUGUCUCCGUACCGUGGCCAGACCUGAAACCAGAUUGAGAUGGAUCCAGAUAAUCACUUUCAUCCAAGAACCCUUAGAAUUGUGAGGUCACCACCUUCUCCAGAACCUUGUCCAGAAAGGGGAGAUUGGAUACUGGCCUAUAAUUGCUCCGUUGAUGGGAUCCAGUGCUGGUUUCUUCAAUAAAGGUCUUACUACUGCCUUCUUGAAACUAGUUGGCAUUAUGCCCUGAGUCAGGGAGGCAUUUACCAACACCUUCACCCACUCUUCACCCAAGGGUCUGGAGAGCAGGUGGUUGGUCUCAUUCCUCUGAGGAUCUUGUCCACAUCCUCUUACUAGAGGAAUCCAUAGAACCAUGACAUACAGAUGCCUCCGUCACAUCCACAGAGACUGCAUUAACACUGAUGUCAAUAUCGGAACGGAUCUGAGCAACUUUAUCUGCAAAGAGCCGAGCAAAUUCUUCACAACGAGCUGCCGAUUGGUCCGGGGUCUCUGGCUGAGCAGGGUUUAAUAGUCCUCUGACCACUCAAAACAACUCUCUUGGUCGGUUCUGUGCAAAUGCAAUGUUGGCAGCUCCUACUACUAUCCUAUUUUGAAGAUAAAAUGCUUGGUUGCUUUAAGUAUUGUAAGUGCUGAAUCACAGUUACAGUGAGUAAUUAUGAUUUUAUCAGGUGUAUAACAUGAUGACAGCAUGAAUGGAACAUCGCAUCAUACAAGUGUAUAUAAGAACACAAACAGAAUAAGUUGAGUGUGUUGUCGAAGGCUUUCAUGGCCGGGAUCACAGGGUUGUUGUAUGUUUUCCGGGCUGUAUGUCCAUGUUCUAGAAGUAUUCUCUCCUGACGUUUCGCCCACAUCUAUGGCAGGCAUCCUCAAAGGUUGUGAGGUAUGGAGAAACUAAGCAAGGAAGGUUUAUAUAUAUAUACUAGCUGUGCCCGGCCACGCAUUUCUGUAUGAAGUCUGGUGGUAUGGGAAAUAAAGUAUUGAGGAAUUGGUGGUAGUUAAGGUAAAGGGUAAAGGUUUACCUUACAUUAAGUCCAUUAUAAAUGGGUUAUAUAGCUGUGUGGAAGGGCCUUGAGUCUACACUGCCAUAUAAUCCAGUUAAAAUCUGAUAAUCUGUAUUUUAUAGGCCGUGUGGAAGAGGCCUAAGUGAGGCCUAACUCUACCUGUCCCCUGGGCUGAGUGGGUUGCUAGGAGACCAAGUGGGCGCAGCUUAGCCUUCUGACUGGAAGCAAUGGGAUAAAAACAAUUAUUCCUCUCCCUCUAAUUAGGACUUUAUUUUUCUUUUCUUUUUGUUGUAUGAACGUAGAGGCAUGGAUGAGGGGUUGUGCUGCCAAGUUUAGUGUUUCUGGGAUGUGUAGUUUUGUUGUUUUGUCCUAGGCCGAUAUUUCAUUACCCUUUUAUAUAUAUAGAUAUCUGUGGAGGCAUGUGCCAGUUGCCUGGAUGUAUAGUUCUCCAAGGGCACCAGAACCAAAAUGUGUUUUCUGUGUGCUUUCUACUCUGUUCCACGAAACUACUACGUUGCAUUGAUUUGCACAAUGUUGCCAUUCCAUCCAAGGGUUGCAUUAAUGUGAAGUAAACUAUGUUCCGCUAUCUGAGAUUAUCUCAACAGGCAACCCGUGUAAAUGCCAAAUAUGACUCACAAGCAAUUGAGAUAAUUGCUGGAUUUUUUUCACACAUGUUUUAAAGACUGGACCAGGAGGUGCUGUGAAGUGUUUUAAGUGUGUGAAUAUCUUUUAAUGGAUUUCAUGUUUUUAAUAGUUUCAAUGUUCGAUCCUUUUUGAAUGUUUGUAUGCUAAACAGGUUGAUUUUCAAUGUGUUGUUGAAGGUUUUCAUGGCCGGGAUCACAGGGUUGUUGUAUGUUUUCCAGGCUGUAUGGCCAUAUUCUAGAAGUAUUCUUUCCUGACAUUUCACCCACAUCUAUGGCACUGUGCCCAUAAUUUGCAUUGAAUGGCUUCAUCUACUGGCUACUUUCUGCCUGGGGGCAUCCUUUGUUAGCAGAGACAUGGGAACUAGGGUGAUUAACUGCAACAUUCACGCUGGCCUCCAACUGACAAGAGUUCUUCCCUCACCCUGGACUUCCCACAUAUAUAUAUAAACCUUCCUUGCUUAGUUUCUCCAUACCUCACAACCUCUGAGGAAGCCUUCCAUAGAUGUGGGCGAAACGUCAGGAGAGAAUACUUCUAGAACAUGGCCAUACAGCCCGGAAAACAUACAACAGCCCAGGCUGAUUUCCUUUUAUUACGAAGCGCAACUGGAGCAUCUUCUGCAGAGUCUACUGUAAACACUUUGCAACUGAUUCAUGCAAAUACCUAAAAUAACCACUAGGUGGAUGUGAUACCUCAGGCACCUUUGGCCCCUGACCCUGUGGCUAUUGCUGACCAGGACGACGAAGACUUUGGUUUUCUUCCAAGUCAGCAAGAUUCAACUCCUUUCCAGAUGCCUUCUAUUGACAUAGAGCCAGCACCAAUUAAGGAUGCCCUUGAAACAGUGCCGGCUCUCCCAGAUUCUCCGGACGGGUUAGCGUUUGAUCGCAGGGCCUUUUUGAAAACAGAGAGAUCGCAGAGACAAAGCUUGAGGAGAAGCACCAGAUUAGCGGAGCGUGGUGACUAUGGCUAAGCUUAGUUCUCUUGGGAAGAAUCAGGGCGUCAGGCACCUGGCACAGUGACUAUGGCUAAGCUCAGUUCUCUUGGGAAGAAUUGGGGAGUCAGGCACCUGGUUUGGGGGAGCUUAUGAACUUCAAUAAAAGUAUUGCGCUGGGAACUUUCCUUUGCGGUGUCAACAUUACUUCUCACUGAGAAACAUCAUCGUCUCUAGCUCCUGCAUUCCAAGCGGUCUGACAGCGCGCUUACUCAUGAGUAGACUGGGCGCUGGUCUACCUUCUUGCUCCAGUUUGGACUGUGUUUCAGCUCCAGUACAUCUAGCUUGUGCCUUGCCUUGAAAUCUUGCUUUUGGACAUUUACUCCAGAGAACUCAUCUGUGCUACCUUGCUCCUUUUCCCCACUUAAUCCUCAAACCGAGGUUGAGUGUGUUUCGGUUUCUGGACUUUAGACCUUAAUAUGGGACAUAAGACUUUCACUUAUUCGACUAAUUUUGAUCUUUCCUGAAAGGUCAAUUGCCUGCUCAACUUUUUUGCUUAUUUUUUUUGAACUUUAUUUGCUUCAAUAAAGAUAUUAUAUUGUUAUU